AUGGCGACCCCGUCCCUCAACUUCAUUACCUUUAACCAGGACCACAGUUGUCUCGCUGUCGGCACUUCCAAAGGCUUCAGAAUCUACCACACCGACCCGUUUUCUCGCAUCUUUAGCAGCGACGAUGGCAAUAUUUCCAUUAUCGAGAUGCUAUUCUCGACCUCUCUGGUGGCUCUAAUUCUCUCUCCCCGCCACCUUAUUAUUCAGAACACAAAGAGGGCCUCAGUUAUUUGUGAGCUCACGUUCCCUUCGGCCGUUCUCGCCGUUCGCUUAAAUCGCAAACGCCUCGCCGUGGUGCUCGAGGAAGAGAUCUACCUCUACGACAUCAGCAACAUGAGCCUCCUCCACGCAAUCCAUACGUCUCCGAACCCUCUAGCGAUAUGUGCCUUGUCACCCUCGUCCGAGAACUGCUACCUUGCCUAUCCGCUCCCCGAACCCCGUGAAGAUAAUACCGAUAAUUCUAGACGGCCGGCUCAUGCACCGCCGCAGUCCACAUACGUAACCCCAACAUCUGGGAGGGUCUUGAUAUUCGAUGCGAUUACCAUCAAGGCUGUCAACGUCAUAGAGGCACACCGCGCUCCGCUGAGUUGCCUAUGCCUAAGCAACGACGGAACCCUGCUGGCGACUGCCAGCGAGACGGGAACCAUCAUCCGAGUUUUCUCUGUCCCAAGAGGGCAGAAGCUGUACCAGUUCCGCCGGGGAACGUAUCCCUCCACUAUUUAUAGCAUGUCUUUUAAUCUCAGCUCCACGCUGCUCUGCGUUUCAUCCGCUUCCGACACCGUUCAUAUUUUCCGCCUCGGCCAACCGCCAAAUAAUACCACGCCUGGAGGGGCACCCAUAGAGCCGCCAAGCGCAAGCUCGCCACGGCAAGAUCGGUGGUCAAGGGGCCGAGCUUAUGACGACGGAGAAUCACCAGGGAACAGCGCCACUGAGUCUCCCAGAAGCGAUGCGGCUGAUCCAGCUGGAGGGGAUCCCCCGCCUUUGGAGAAGGGCGGCUCGGGCCAUCGUAGGCAGAGCGGGUCCUUCAGCAACAUGCUACGCCGGUCGUCUCAGAUCAUGGGCCGUGGAGUAGCGGGCAUGGUUGGCUCGUAUCUCCCGCAGACCGUUACGGAAAUGUGGGAGCCCGCCCGCGAUUUCGCCUUUAUCAAGAUUCCCAAAUCCCACAAUCCUUCUGGCGUGUCCCGCAUCACGGGUGGCACACUUAACGGGCUGCCACCCCGGAGCGUGGUGGCAAUGAGCAGUAGUAGCCCUCAGGUCAUGGUCGUCACUAAUGAUGGCGGCUUCUACGUCUACAACAUUGACAUGGAGCAUGGUGGGGAGGGUUACCUGGUGAAGCAGUUCUCCGUUCUUGAAGGCGACGACCGGAAUGACAGCUCGUCCUACGGUACCUAA